CCAUUCCAACCAUCUCAUCUCAAAUUUGCCUAGAAUUCGUCUUUUUAAACUUUUUCCCCGACAGGCAAACAAAACCUAACCUUCUUAAAAAAAUGGCACCAAAAGCUGAGAAAAAGCCAGCAGAGAAGAAGCCCGCGGAGGAGAAGAAGACGACGGUAGCCGAGAAGGCUCCGGCGGAGAAGAAGCCAAAGGCUGGCAAAAAGCUUCCAAAGGAAGGGGGAGCAGCGGCCGGAGACAAGAAGAAGAAGAGGACUAAGAAGAGUACCGAGACCUACAAGAUCUACAUCUUCAAGGUGCUGAAACAAGUCCACCCUGAUAUCGGGAUCUCAAGCAAAGCUAUGGGAAUUAUGAACAGUUUUAUCAACGAUAUCUUCGAGAAGCUCGCUCAAGAAUCUUCUAGGCUUGCAAGGUACAACAAGAAGCCCACAAUCACUUCCAGGGAAAUCCAGACCGCUGUUAGACUUGUACUUCCUGGUGAGCUUGCCAAGCACGCCGUUUCUGAAGGGACUAAGGCCGUGACCAAGUUUACUUCUUCUUGAAAAGGGAAUUUGUGGUUAUGCAGUUAGGUUAGCGGUUUUAAAAUUAGAUCGCGUUUUUUUCUUUUUAAAAUGUCUGUGUCUCUAUUUUAAGUUUGGGUCUGUAUUUCAAAUGGAUCUGCUCGAUCCUGAUGUGUUUAUGGUAGAUGGUAGCAAUGAAUCUAAUUGAAUUCAAUUUCGCA